AUGAGCCAGCCUAGUAGUGGUUCCUCGCCUGCCGGAACAAAAAUUGUUUCUCAACAAGUGGCUCCAUCGGUCGCCGGAGUUUCUUCUUUGCCUGUCAGUUCCCAUGUCGCCGGAACAUCUUUGACUCCCUCCGCCGCUGGAGUGCCUCCACAAAACGUAAGUACUAUUGACGUCACAACAAAUCAACCAAUUGUAAUUGCUCCUUCUGUCGCCGGAGUGCCUACAAGUUCCACCGCCGCCGGAACAACUUAUGCCAUAGCUACCACAGUUGCCAAUGUUCAACAUAACCAACAAAAUUUUGCUGAAAAUAAUUUAAGCUCUUCUGCACAGCUUAAUUUGGAAGGCCUUCAAAGUCAGAUCAACAUUCUUCAGGCCCAGUUGUUAAAUGCCCAACGAGCGUUGUCGAUUGCCACAAACGCUAAUUCGACGCCGAGUUCUUCAGCCGCCAUGCCACAGCCAUCCAAUAUGGCGCCGCCAGUAACGGGUACCAGCGAAGUCAACGUUGACAAUUCUGCCUCAGCCAACGUUGACUGCACUGAACGUCGUACGCCAUUUUCUUCGGUAAGCUGCAAUGAAAAUAAUUUUUCGAAUUUGUGUGGAAGUCAACCGUUGCCGCCAAAUUUCCGAUUGUCUCAAAAUGGUGGUUCGUUAUUGAUGCAUCGAAAAAUUUAUGAUUUACCGGAUUUUAGUGGCUCGCCUGAAGAUUGGCCCAUGUUCUCAACGGCUUUUAAUCAAUCGACUGCUGUUUAUAAUUAUAAUAAUUUUGAAAAUUGUUUAAGGCUCCAAAAAGCUUUGAAGGGUGAUGCCCGUGAAUGUGUGAAGUCGUUGCUGAUCCAUGCAGAUAACGUGAGUAUGGUUAUGGAACAAUUGUGUUUUCAAUAUGGUCGCCCAGAGAUGCUUAUUCGUUGCCAGCUACAACAAGUGAAAGAAAUUUCGCCCAUUAGUGAAAGUGCUGUGGAUAAGCUUGUGCCCUUUGCUGUUAAAGUGCGGAAUCUUGCCGCCUUUUUGGAAACUGCUAAUGGACAACAGCAUUUAGCUAAUCCAACAUUAAUGGAAGAAUUGGUCGGAAAGCUUCCAAUGAGUAAACGAAUGGAGUGGGCCCGCUGUGCCUCAACAAUAAAACCAUACCCAACUAUUUUGGAUUUUAGCAAAUGGCUCAAAGAUGUUGCUGAUUUGGUAAGAAUGGUGCAAACUACAAGUGGAAAUCGUCAAAAUAAUGAACCCAAAAGAAAAGUUGUCCUUCAUGCUGCUGAUGGUCAACGUAAACAACAAGAAUGCCCUAUGUGCCAGGCAAAUCAUAAAAUAUUUGAUUGUAGAAAAUUUGGUUCAUUAAGUGUGCCUAAUCGUUGGAGUGAAGUGAAAAAAAUGAGGUUAUGUUUUUCGUGUCUGGGUAGUGGACAUUCGAGUAGAUUUUGCCGUUAUCGAAAGACGUGUCCCGUGGAUGGUUGUCUAAGAAAACAUAACAAAUUAUUACAUGAUGUCAAAAUUAAUGAUGGUGGAAAUAAUACGCUUUCGUCUGAGUCGCCUGCUCCAAGUGGUUCCACAAAUGAAAAUGAGUCUGUUCUUAGCUGUGUGUCUAAAGCUGCAGAUAAAGGUGUGUUGUUGUUCCGAGUGGUGCCAAUUGUGCUUUAUGGUCCCAGUAACAAAAUUGAAACCUAUGCGUUGUUGGAUGAAGGUUCAUCGGUUACUAUGGUGGACAGCUCCUUGGUGAAGAAACUUGGUCUUCAGGGGCAUCAAAGUCAAUUGAAUUUGAAUUGGUAUGCUGGUAAGGCAUCACAAGAAACGGCAACAGUGGUUGAUAUGCACAUAAGUGGAAUUGGUAAGCAGAGAAAAUAUGCCUUGCGAAACGUUUAUGGAGUUUCAAAUUUAAAAUUGCCGGCCCAAAGCUUCAAUAUGGAUUUAAGUCGCCAUCCUGGUUUGCCCAUUAAAUUAUAUAAUGAUGUUGUUCCCAAAGUUCUGAUUGGAUUAGAUCAUUCUCAUCUGGGACUUCCUGAUGAAAUUGUGUCUCUGGAUGAAAAUGGUCCAUAUGCUGCUAACACCCCAUUAGGAUGGGUCGUAUUUGGGAAAAUGAUGGGUAAGCAAUCUAGCGAAAAUUUGUGUCUUUUGUCAGUUCAGCCAGAGCAAAGACUCUAUGACUUAGUGGCAAAUUAUUUUGAAACGGAGAAUUUUGGUGUGAAGUUAUUGCCGGUCAUAGAAUCAAAGGAUGACUUACGGGCUCGGAAAAUUAUGAACGAAACUACAGUUAAGAUUGAUGGUAGAUUCCAAACUCGGCUCUUGUGGCGUGAAGAUGAUGUUGUAUUGCCUGAUAGCUACUCCAUGGCUCUAAAUAGACUUGUUGGUAUUGAGCGAAAGAUGAAUAGAAGUCCUGAAUUUGGUGCUGCCUACAAAUCCAUCAUGAGGGAUUAUUUGUCCAAGAGGUAUGUACGUAAAUUGUCGCCUAUUGAAGCUGCUGAUUUGUGCCCCAGGACUUGGUAUCUUCCGCAUUUUGGAGUGAUUAAUCCUAAUAAGCCAGGAAAAAUUCGUUUAGUGUUUGAUGCUGCCGCAACUGUUGAAGGUGUUUCCCUGAAUUCUAAACUGCUAAAAGGCCCGCAGCAAUAUAAGCCUCUGCCAUCCGUUUUAUUUAAUUUUCGAGUUGGUGCUGUAGCAGUGUGUGGGGACAUCAAAGAAAUGUUUCACCAAGUUAUUGUAGCUCCUGAAGAUAGAUGCUCUCAAAGAUUUCUUUGGCGUGAAGACACUAGAGAACCACCUGAUUCUUAUGAAAUGCUAGUCAUGACUUUUGGUGCUGCUUGCUCGCCUUGUGUAGCCCAUUAUGUCAAAGAAACAAAUGCCCUAAGCUAUCGUGAUAAAUAUCCUCGUGCAGUGAAGUCGAUUGUUGAUCAUCAUUAUGUAGAUGAUUUUGUGGAUAGUUUUCCGACGCAAGCAAGGGCCAUUGAGAUUGCCAAACAAGUGCGCGACAUUCAUAAAUCAGCUGGGUUUGAACUACGUAAUUUUUCAUCGAACUCUUCUAAAGUAAUUGUGGCUCUUAAAGGUACAGUGGAAAGUCCGGUGAAUUUUUCCAGCGAUGUCAACCAGCUACAAUCAGAGAAGAUACUUGGUAUGUAUUGGCAACCUAAAGAUGAUACUUUCAGGUUCAAUUUGAAGUUCCACAACGUGAAUGCUGAUGUUAUAGAAGGUAUAAGGUGUCCAACAAAACGCGAGCUUUUAAGUGUGGUUAUGUCCGUUUUUGAUCCACUUGGUUUCCUGAGCUACUACAUGAUAACGGCAAAGUUACUGAUGCGUGAAGUUUGGAGACACAAUAUACGAUGGGAUGAUGCAUUGCCCGGAGAAUUAAACGAGAUGUGGAAUAAUUGGCGCCAAGAGCUACAAAAUGUCAUCCAUGUUAAAGUGCCUCGAUUUUAUUUUAGAAAUGGUGUUCCUUCUCGCCUGGAACUACAUGUUUUUGUCGACGCUAGUGAAGAUGCAUUUGGUGCCGUGUCAUACUGGAGGUCUAUAAAUGCUGAUAAUAAAAUUGAAGUGACUUUUGUAGCUGCAAAAACUAGAUGUGCUCCUCUGAAAGCAAUGAGUAUUCCUCGGCUCGAACUUCAGGCUGCUGUAUUGGGUACUCGUUUGAUGGGUACAAUUUUGAAGGAACAUUCCAUUAAGGUAUCAAGAAUCGUUUGCUGGAGUGAUUCAACCACCGUAGUUAGUUGGAUUGGAUCUGAAAGCCGAAGAUAUAAACCCUUUGUUGCCCAUAGAAUUACUGAGAUUCUUGAUUCUACUAGCCCAGCAGAUUGGAGAUGGCUACCAACAAAUCUUAAUGUUGCCGAUGAAACUACAAGAAUGAAAAGCCAGGUUAAUUUUUCAGAUGAUUGCCGCUGGUUUACGGGACCUAAAUUUCUAUACGAAUAUGAAGAUGAAUGGCCAAAAACGCAAGAAAUACCUACUUGUAGCCUAGACACUGAAGAACUUCGUCCCAAAUUUGCUUUGCUGGUAAAUACCCCUGUUGUUUUUGAAUUCGAUAGAUUUUCAUCAUAUUUGAAAUUAAAACGUACGAUUGCCUGGGUGUUACGUUUUAUAAAUCGUUGCCAAAAGAAGAUUGGUCCUGAAGAAGGAAAUGGUUUAACUACUGCAGAGUUAAAAAGUGCUGACAUUUGUCUUUGCCGUCAAGCCCAACGAGAAAAAUUUAGCGCUGAAAUUGAAAUUAUUAAAAAUGAAGGUACUUUGCCCAAAAGUAGUGAGUUGUAUGCCCUGACUCCAUAUAUGGAUGAAAAUUCAUUACUUCGAGUUUAUGGUCGUGUGGAUGCAGCUAGUUGGUUACCAUUGGAUAUAAGGCGUCCGAUUAUAUUACCGUCGUUUCAUCCUGUCACCGAGUUGUUUGUGGCCCAUGUACACGAAAAAAUGAAACAUCAAAAUUUUGAAGCUACAGUUUGUGAAAUUCGAAGAUCAUUUUGGAUUCCCCGCCUUAGAAAAAUUUUACGUAAGCGUGUUUCUAAUUGUUUUAUUUGCAGAUUUCGUCGUACAUUGCCGGUGCCACCACUUAUGGGUUCUUUGCCAAAAGACAGAUUGACGCCAUAUAUUCGUCCAUUUUCCUACACUGGAUUGGACUAUUUUGGUCCAGUUAUUGUAACCGUUGGUCGUCGCCAUGAAAAACGUUGGGUGGCCUUAUUUACUUGCCUGACCAUAAGGGCCAUUCAUUUGGAAGUCGCUUUCGAUUUGUCAACCGAUGCGUGUAUUCUUGCCAUACGCAAUUUUAUAAAUCGACGUGGCCUGCCUACAAGACUGAGGAGCGAUAAUGGUACAAAUUUUGUUGGUGCUGAUAAAGUUGCCAAGAGGUUCAGUGAAGUAUUUGAUGUGGCUCAAAUUCAAGAUGAACUUACAUCUAAAGGUAUAGAUUGGCAGUUUAAUUGUCCACAUAAUCCUGCAGAAGGUGGUAUAUGGGAACGGAUGGUCCAAUGUGUAAAGCGUGUGUUGCAGUCAACUUUGAAAGAAUCCGCCCCUCGUGAACACACACUGCAAAGUUUCCUGAUUGAAGCGGAAAAUAUUGUGAAUUCCCGUCCGUUGACACACUUGCCGUUGAGCCACGAAGAUGAAGAACCACUAACGCCUAAUCAUUUUUUGUUGGGUUGCCCUAAUACAACACAAACUCCUGCCGGAGCAAAAGACGAACAGCCUGUUGUAGUAAAAAAGCAGUGGCGCAUUUCCCGUCAGCUACGUGAUCAUUUCUGGAACAGGUGGAUAAAAGAAUAUUUGCCCACGUUGACUAGACGCUCCAAAUGGUGUCAACGUACGAAGCCUAUUGCUAUUGGUGAUUUGGUUCUAAUUUGCGAUCCAGCCGUGUCCCGUAGAGAUUGGAAGCGAGGCAGAGUGGAAGAGGUGUUUAUAGGUAGAGAUGGUGUUAUUCGUCGUGCUGAUGUACGUACUAGUACAGGAAUACUAAAGCGACCUGUUUCCAAGCUUGCUGUCCUUGAUUUGGAGUAG